GUUCGGUCGCUCGUUCGGAACAAAUCGCUGCUUCCAGCUAGGUGUCCAGCUGGACGAAACGGGUUGCAAAGGAACGAUGGUGGCUCCAACAGGAUCAAAGUAAUUGUAGGAGGCGGAACGAUUCGCUGUGGGGUUGUGUUUAUUAGCGAAGGCAGCAAACCGUGCACCCGUGGCUGGUGUGUGUUUGUUUGUGUGUUUGAACGUGAGGAUUUGAAAAAAGGGGACAUCCCCCUCGCACCUCUCCGGAAGUAUCAAGCAAACGAAGGAAUUGCUUGCUCGUGGGUGUUCUUCCUCUCCUGCUUCACGCAUCGUUAUGUGAUCCAAGGAAUGUUUGUAGUCGCCAUCAUUACACAAUCUACGCGAAGCACAGCGUAUCCUUCCUAUGCAGUGUGAACAAAGGGAGCGAACGCUGUCAGUUUGAUCUUCCUCAGCGAAUCCCGAAGCCCCCGCGGCCCUGCUGGCACUGGAAUAGUAAACGUUAGUGCGCUGGGAGCAACAAGCAUUGCUUGGCAUACAUUCAGGCGCAUUCCUGCACGUGAAAGGAAAGACGACAAUCGAGGCAUCAUUUUCGAAACCGAGGAGACGUCGUGGCUCUUCAUUCAAAGGAGCUUUUUUACAGUAGGAGUGGUGGUGGUGGUGACGGUGUGGAGGUUUAGGAAACAUCAUUUGCAGCCUAUGUGGGCAGCACUGCGCGACACGGCAGUCGGUUUGCUUGCCGAAAUUCACUCACUGCAGAAUGAAGCAAAAAUGUCAAUUAUAAUAGCAAUUGUCUUUAUGGGAUUGCUUGAGUUAGGCCGAUCGCAGUACCUAACGAACACUGUACAUAAGACAUCAGCUGCAACGGAGAAGAUUAAUGAUCUCUGGUGCUACUCGUGCAACGCCACCGACGAUGGCGAGGCGUGUAUCGAGCUGUCGUCCGGAAAUAAUGCGUCCUACGUUAAAAAGUGUAACACGGAGGAAUUUAUCUGCAUGGUCAAGCAGUUUUCCUACACGACCAGCACGGAAAACUCUACCUCGACGCCGAAGCUGUGGUCGCUCGAGCGUCGCUGCAUCAGCAGCUGCGAGGCGGGUUGCAUAAUCAUAGGCGAACGGACGAAGCUGUACGCGUGCACGAGCUGCUGCGAGAAGUCGCUUUGCAACACCGGCAAGGCGCGCUCGACGAACCUGAUCGGUCACUUCCGGCGCCCACCGGUGGCCCUGGCGUUCGGUGCUCUAGUGUUCUUUAGUGUAACGAAACCCUUCUGGCCCGGGGUGCUCUAGUCGGGUGGGCGUAGUAAUCGUAACAUAUUCUAAAAUCUCUCAAUCCCCCUCACUUUCAUCCCGAUCGAACUCCCCCGUUACUAAUCACAAUUUUCAAAUGGACAAAUUACUCGUAAUUUUGCAAAUGGACAAUUUCUUUCUGUCCCUCUUCACCAAACCCUAGUGGGAGUGUUCUGUAUCGGCACGGCGACGGCCGCUGUGAAGGAGUUUGUUGCGUAGAACGUUGUCAUCUUGGGACCUUUCGAAGUAAAGUUAGCUAUAAGGACAUGUUGCUGAAAAUCACAAAUUGUAGUACUUUUUAAAAAACCAUACCAAAUGCCCUUUGACUUCGGGCUGAAAUGUCAUAAAAAGCUUAGAAAAAUGGCACUCACCCUUUUUCCAAACCACCUCAUCCCUAAAUCUCUUUCUCACACACCCGCACACCCAACCUGCACCACCCCGCGUUUUCAUUCAAUACAUUCUAAUCUAUGUCGUUCGUUCCAUUUAGAUAGAAUUUGAAAAACAAAACAAAAACAGACGAAUAUUCUCGAAUUAUUUCGAUUAAAUUAAACAUAUUGUUAAAACAAAACAAAAAAAUAUCUUAGUGCACAAGUGGAACAAAGUUGUUUCGAGGUAUAGGA